AUGUACCUUGCGGAGAGGGUCCGCGACGGAUUCAGUGUCAAAUACAAUACUGCACCACGUACCCAACAGGAGCAGGUCCAAAACACGAUUGAUAUCAAUGAUCAUCUUGGACAGCCUCGCGAAGGCUUCCUCUCACCAUCUUUGCUACGACAACUAGAGAAAAUUAAUGUUUCCAAGUGCUGUUUUGCUAGGAUCAACAAUGGUACUAGUCUGAAAGUCAUUGUAGAUCCCCUAUGUGGUAAGAGAAGCUUCGAAAAGGAUGUUACCGAGGUCGUAGGCUGGAUGAUUGUGUGGCAUCCUACGCCACUGGCAACAAACUGCAAUCCUUUGAUCCUUUGGGCAUCUUGA